CGUACAUACCCUAUUUGACAUUUUUCAACAGCAUAAAAUGGAAGAUCUGGCCAAUUUGGGCAGUUCGUGUGAUGUGAACUAGUUUGUGAUUGAUUCCGGAUUUGAUUUGUUGUGUUGAAUUCCUGUGCACUUUCUCUUUGUGGCCAAAAGUGUCAGUACGAGUUUUAAAACAGCGCAAUACAGGAGGAGUUUUGUGAAAUGCAAUUUGAAAAGUGUUUAAUUUGAUGUGAUUUCGACUUUCGACAUUGCUCUUCGUUGGCAAUGAUUUCAGCAAAAAUUAUGCUUUGUUUGAAAACCUGUUUCGGUGUCUCGAGUUUCCCAUAAGAGGUACAAAGUGAAACUUAGCCUGAUACGCUCAUCUCAUUCACAUUGCAUCAUCAGAAACUGCACACAUUCCAUACCAAUUCACAAGCUUGAGUGCAUCAUUUUGUGUAUCUAUAAACCUACCUGCCCAUUAUCAUCUCUUACUGAUAUUAUCGGAUUCCGAAUCUUUUGGUCAUCAUGGCUAGGAUGUCAUCAUCCAACAAGAGCAAAAGCGGAUCCACUGGGUUGCGGAUACUGUGGAUUCCGGGUAGGAAGAAGCACAACCGCAAAGGAGUUUACAAUCCUACCAAGAGCAGUCUACCCCAGCACAAUGCUCAUCUGCAGAGGAAAAACCAAUCCUGGACGCUGGGAGGGCCCAUCAAUCACAGCAAAAUCAUCAAUGCGAACUUCUAUUUUAGAGAUCUACACGACAAUCUGGACGUGGGCAUGGCAACGGCUUCCGGGGCCAUGAGUUUGGCCGCGAUGGCAGCUAACAAAACAGUGGUGGUUCCGGCUUCGCCAGAUGGUUCUCCGGUCAAAAAUCCUUCGGGUGUCGCGGCAGAACAACAACAACAACAACAACCCAUUGCGGAUGGUGAGGGUGGGGCAGCUUCGUGCAGCAACGAAAAUGUGGAGGUGUUCGAAUUUGUAGUACUCAACGACUUAAAUGGUGAUAAUUGUAAGAAAGACAUUCCAUCCAACAAUCAGUUCGAAACGCUCGAGUUGAUCGAUGCGUGCGACAAGGAUCGUAACUUCUCCAAUACCGAAUCGUCUUCCUCGCUCCUUUCGUCGAAUAACGAUAGCCGAUCGGCGGAAUAUAUGCACAACUCGGCCACGCUGGCAAUCGGAGAGGCACGGCGACGCCGCAGACGGAACAGUUACAAUAAUUCCAAGAAAAAUAGCAGCGAAAAUCUCGACUCGAUCGAUCACAUCAACGAUCCCGACGACGAUUUGGAAGCCGGCAAAACGAAUUCAUCAAUGGACGAACCCCGGCUGGACACUUUCCGGCAGAGCAAACACAAGACCAAGAAGAAAAACCGACCCAGCUCAAGGCAAGCCAGAGAUGUGAUCGAUGGGGCCGAUGACGAAGGCCGUGAUAAGAAGGGCAAGGACGACGCACUGGUCACCUGUCUUUAUUAUUCGUUCGUGUGUUGGGAUUGUAGCAUCUCGUGAGGAUCAAAAGCAACGAGUUGAUAGCUUUAGGAAGUGAAUAACAUAAUCUAAUUAAUUAUACAUACAUAAAAGACUACUUGGUUGCCUAUAAAUUUUAAAAUAGUGCAUACAUCCAUACAUAAGAACAUAUGCAACAAUGAGAGCGACAGUAUUUUUGUACUGAUUUUAGACGUUCAUUUUUUUCUGGUGGUGAGACAAACCCCACUUCUACAUUUAUAAGAUCAUACAAAAUAAAUCGAAUAAUAUACUACUUGUAUAGUGUA